AUUGCCUGUCACCAUCAUCCAUAUGCUAUUGUGCAAGACCCCGAGCUCGUUGAGAUCUUGCAAAUGCUCAACUCAAAAGUCGACAUCCCCCAUCCAAAAACUGUAUCGCGGAACGUUCAUGAGAUCUUCACAAUCUCACGGGAAUCUGUUGGCAAGAUUCUCCAGGCUCAUUCUGACCAUUUGCACCUGUGCAUUGAUGGCUGGACAUCUCCCAAUGUCAUUCCCUUUUUAGGAGUUACAGUUCAUCGUGUC